UUUAACACUGUAAAGAUCGAUCAUGGCGGCAGGGGGUCAGCGGGGAGGAGUAAAAUGCUGGUCUCGUUCUCCCACUCAAUACUCAUGAUGGGGAGGAAGACAUGGUUGAUUGAGCAGUCAUUAUUAAAUUCUUCUGGCGUUGAUUCCUAUUCUUAGCCAUUUGUUUCCUCCCCCUUUCCUUUCUCCACUUCGCUGUCUCGAAAUCAUCAGUGCGCCGUCCUUUUCCUGCUGCACUGGUUGUUGAUCUCCCACAUCUGCUGCGCCCUGCCUCUCGCUGCUCUUCCGGCUCCCGAUCUUGGUGAUUCUUUCCUUUCCCGGCUGGAUUUUGUUUUGCCGUCCGAGGCUUUUGAUUCGAACUGAAAAAGGUGCGUCUUUUGAUUGAGAAACGCGAGGAUGAGCAGCAAGAAGGAGGAUGAGAGGAACGAAAAGGUCAUCAGAGGCCUCCUCAAGCUUCCUCCGAACAGGAAGUGCAUCAACUGCAACAGCCUGGGUCCCCAGUAUGUGUGCAUCAAUUUUUGGACUUUUAUCUGCGUCACUUGCAGUGGCAUACAUCGUGAAUUUACUCAUCGGGUUAAGUCUAUAUCUAUGUCAAAAUUUACUUCUCAAGAGGUUGAGGCUUUACAGAGAGGAGGCAAUCAGCGCGCUAGAGAAAUCUUCUUAAAGGAUUGGGACACUGAGCGAAUGAGGCUGCCUGACAGUAGCAACCUUGACAAGCUGAGAGAAUUCAUCAAAAAGGUUUAUGUGGAUAAGAAAUACUCCAGCACGAGAUCCUCUGACAAGCCACCUAGAGACGUGCAAAACCAGAAGAACCAUGAGGAUCACAGAAGAGCUAGUUCUUACCAUUCCUUUUCUCAAAGUCCACCUUAUGAAGACCAAUAUGAAGAAAAAUAUAGUGGUAGAAAAACUGGAACUCUAACAAGAAAACCUGGCUCAGAUCGUGGUCUUUAUGAAGGCAAAAUCUCUAGCUUCAUGUACAGUCCUGCUUACCAGGGUAAGCAGCAACAGCAGGACAGACUUGGUAAUAUGAGUCCGAAUUCAAGGAAUUCAGACUAUUCAGUUACCAGUGGAGCAGAUUCAUCUAUACUCCAGUCUCCAAAUAUUCAAGAUAAUGGUCAUGGUAGUCCUUUUCGACAAGUAAGGGAUAUCUUAGUGCAAGAUACACAACCCCCUGGAUUGAACGCAGAUUCUGGUUCAAACACUGGGAUGAAUUCAGAUGGUUUCCCAUGUUCGCAGAGGACCGCGUCUUCAAGCAGCUUUGGUUCCUUUGACAGCAAUUCUGCAUCUUUGACACCGUCUAGUUCAAGUAACAUAAUUGAUCUUGUUCUGGAGCCUGAUAAUUCUUCUCUACCUAAACAUUCAGAGAUACCAAUUCAUCCAUCUUUGAUGCAUACUUCUGCUUCAACACAUACUGGGAGUCAGGAUCUUUUUAAUCCAUCGCUUAUGGAGCAACCAGUUCCUUCAUUGGGUCCAUCUACAGAUAUGUUUGCUUUUAAUCGUCAACCUACAUCUACAGUCGGUCCAGAAGUAAAAGAAUUAUCCAAACCAUUAUCUGAAAGUGUAGGGUGGGCCACGUUUGACUUGCUUCAAGUCAACAUGUCUCCUGAACUGAACCUGGACUCAGCUGCAGUUUCUCAGGCAAAUGUCCAUCCAUUUCCAGAAAACACAACUGAUAACCUUUUCUUAUUUUUUGAAAACCAGAACACCAAUAUUAUGCCAUCUGUUUCUGUCACAAAUUCUCAGACUUGGGAUGCUUUUGGUUUUUCUGAAGGAAGUUUUCAACCAAAAUCAUUUGAGAAUAUAUCACAAAUCAGUGAAGCACAAGUUUUUGCAAAUGAUCUAACUCCGUCUAAGGGAGGGGAUAUUCAAGUAAGGAGAUCUAAAAAUCCAUUUGAUCUUCCAUUUGAUUCAGAGCCUGAUGUGAAUGAUAAGUUUCUGGAUCUGAGCCAAUUGCAGACUACCUUGCCAGAUUCGCUCCUGCAUACUGAUUUACUUGGAUUUCCACAAACAUGGUUUCCCCAGAAUCCAGAUGCUUCAUAUGCACCGCCUGUAACUCAAGGAAGCCUUAAAUAUAAUGGAGGGGAAGUGCCAAGCUCUCAGUUGCGGGACAUAACUUCACAAGGUCCUAUUGCGUCAGUUGGCAGGAAUCCUUUUGCUUAACAUUAGUUGAAGCCUAUGUUGCUUAAGAAGCAUUACGAUCGGUCUGGUCCAACUUCAUGCCCCAUCUCUGGAGUACAUAAAGAGUGCACCUGUGUUGAUACUAUUUCCAUUCGAACCUCAUGCCGUAAAAUCAAGUCUGAAGGUUGUAUGAAGGAUACCAAGUCUAUCUAGUAUUCUUGGUUGAUCAAGUGGAAGUGCCUAAACUUGUUGGAAAUUGAAAGAUAGCUGAUAAAGUAUGCAUAUCCAACGCCCGAAUGCUGUUGCAUACUGGGCUCUUGUCUUGCCUCGAUAAGCACUUACAUUUUACACGGGAAUAUAAUUUAGAGUAUGCUGAUGCCCAAACCUGGUCUGUCUAAUCAUGGUGGCUUUGUUUCUUUUUGCUCAGCAAAUGUAAUAGUAAUGUUAUUACUUGGUUUUCCUAAAUUGAAUGCUGGUAUGGAAGAAUAGUACUCA